UAAGAAUGAUGCAGUUGAAUUAUUUAAAUCUAAAUGAAAAGGCAUAUAAUGAUUUGAACCAAUCAAAUGCAUGGUAGGUACGGUACCCCAUUUUUUAAAUGGGUACCGGAGUUGUCACCUAUUAUAUAUUAUAUUGUAAAUUUAGGUUUACGUGUUCAGGUAGUAUUCCCACAAGGACUACAAUUCUAGUUUAACAUAUGUAUUUAUACGGCCAGUUGUCAUAUGAGAUUUAUUAUAGGAAUACACAUGAAAUUUCGUGUCAUAUUAUACACAUGGUAUGCAUGUCUAUUUUGGUCUAUACGAAGUACUCCCUCCGUCCCAUAAUUAUCUUCAUUCUUUCCUUUUUGGUCCGUCCCAAAUUUAUCUCCUCUUUCCCUUUUUAGUAAAGGAUUUGUGGUUCCAAUCAUUCUUACACAUUUCUCUCUCCUCUGCACAACUUUCCACCACACAUUUCCCACUUUCUUAAUCUCCGUGCCCAGUCAAAACCGAAGUUAAUUCUGGGAUGGAGGGAGUAGUUUUUUUUAGUAUAUAAACUUACGUACAGUGCCUUUAUACGUAUACAUAUAUAAGGAGUGUUGGGAUAUAUUAUCCCGGCCUAUUACUGUUCAGGAGCCCAAGACAUUAUCCAGUACGGAGCCCGAGCAGCUAGGCCCAUUUCGGCCCAUUAGGCCCGAUAUUGGCCCGUUUGGCCCAUUAGGGUGGAGAGCACCCUUUCCCCUUUGCCUAUAAAUAGGGAGCUUAGCCUCCAUAUUAGGGGGAUCCGCUUCCUUCUUCUUUCCUCUUCUAGAAUAGCUUACAAGACUCCAUUAAUGGGAGCUCAAAAUGUACUAUGUAAUGGUGAGGAGAGUCCUAAUGAGAAAGAGAUGGCUUGGACAUUAGCCUAAAAAGUCCCGUGGUUUUCUCCCUUUCGGGUUUCCACGUAAAAACUGAGUGUUCAUACAUAUAUUUACUAUAUCGUGUUGGAUUAAACUCAACACUAGCGCCGUCUGUGCGAAUCUGUUCAAAAAGAUUCAUGUGUUCUCUUGUCCUUGAGUUUCUACAAAAAAUUUCAUACGGAAAAGCUACUGAUCCGAGCAACAAAAAAAAAAAGAAGAAAAAUUUCUAGAGGGAAGAAGAAUGGACAGAUUUCAACAAGGAAAUGAAGAAAGAUUUCUGGUAAAAUGAUUCCCAGAAGUUCUAGGUCUGAGAAAAGAAAAGUUUUCUGGUGCAGAGCUCUACUGAUUGGGGAAGACAACCGGAUGUGGAUCGGGCUGGGGGACCUGGGACCUGAGGCAACCGGGCUCGAGCUCCCCUGGCUAAAUCGUCAUUCAUGGCGCGACUGGAUGAGGGUCGCAGACUCGCGCCUCGCUCCUGUUCGCUGCCAGCAACGCCGCCAGCAACGCCGCCAGCGGGUAGAUGGAGCUUGGUGAGUUCUUUCCGCCAUCAAUGGCUGUUCUGGAGCUCGGGUUAUUGAUUCAAGCAACAACAACAUCUGCCGACCCGAAGCAGUUCACGAGCGAGGCAUUCCAGCUGGAUUCCAAGAGCAGUUCAUGGGGCUGGGAGACGUUGCGCGGUGGAACAACCAGAGAUGUGGCCCUGUCCUAUCCGCGGACUCAAAUAGUCAAAUGUGGAGACUAACUGGCUACGUAGUGGUUUUGUUGACCUGGUCAAUUCGUGCAAGAGGGAGGAAGGGAAGACACCGCUCGUAGUUAUUCGCUGCUCGCCUGAAGCCGUUCCCACCGAACGUCCGCAGGAGUGGCCAACUAAUAAGGAUGUUUUUACUUGGACUGUAAUUUGUCCCAGAUCAGACCAGACCAGACCAGUCCAGACCAGACCAGACCAGUUCAGACCAGACCAGACCAGACCAGACUUGGAUAGUUAUAAAAAUACAAAGAAACCAGACCUUACCAGACCAGACCAGACCAGUUCAGACCAGACCAGACCAGAUCAGACCAGACCAGACCAGCAAAUUACAGUCCAAGUAAAAACAUCCUAAAGGGUCAACUUAUUUGAACAAUUUUGAUCAAGUCAAAAUUAAUAAGGAUGCCCACAAUUUCAUCGCACUUGGAAUUUCAUUGCACCUGGAUACCACAUGCCGAACGUCUCCAUUAUCCUACAGCUAAGUACCACUUGCUCAUCUUUUUUACCGAUUGAAGUACUUGAAUAAUAGUUUAAACUACUAGUGUUGCUAGUUUUUAUCACCAUUAUUUAUUAGGGAAUAAACUUUCCUGAAAUUAAAUAAUGCCGGGCAAAACUUGAAUGAGUAAACCUCUAGUGAUAAUUAUCUUCACCGUCAUUUAAAGUUAAUGACUGGUUAUGGUGGGCCCGUCGGCCCACUCCCGAUCGGCUUUAAUUAGCGAUCGAAGCAUAACUGAAUGACCUAUGAUAGGUUAACAUCAGUAUUAUUACUUGAUACAUCAUUAUUAUUUAUUGGGGAUAAAAAUGUCCCGAAUUAAAUAAUACUGAGCGAAGCUCUAGUGAUAGUUGGUUCGGCCAACUAAUUUAUUAAAUAUUUAAUUGUUGGUGGGCCCGAUUAGCCCACUCUCGAUCAGCUUAAUUAAGCGAUCUGUGCGUCUCCAGGAGGGUAGUGCCACGACGACGCGUUUUAAUUUGGAGAUUACGCAUUAGUCUACAUGGCGCAAAGUGUUCGGUUGACGGGCGUACCCUAGUACCAUCUGCGCCACUAGGCGAAUUGACUGUGCCAAAUGCGGCUUGUGGGGCCCGAGGGCACCAAAGCACUCAGCCUCAUUACUCGAGGACAGUGCAACAAACUUGGGUCUGAGUUCAAACUCACAGACCAAUGAUUAUUUUUAUGAGACGUUCGGCAGGCUGCUAAGUGGCCCCACGGCAAGCUGCUACGUCCCUUAACCCCGCACGAUGAGCCGGGCCGAGGGUCACGAUGACCCAUAGGCCGGUAAUCGUGGAUGUUAAAGAGAAAUCCAUGCAGAUGGUUAUGUGUGUGUAUAUAUUGUCGGCCCGUGCGGCCCGUUACCACGCUUAUUGUGCAGCUGAAAUCACUCGACGCGCUCGAGCGAAAUGAUUAAAAGACGCUCGGCCUGAGUCUUGAAGACGUUCAGGGCCAGCCAAAGAGGAGACCAUCACGGCUGAGGACCGUGAGACGAGCAUCUCCACCUAGAGGCCGAGGGCCUAGAGGAGACCACUACGGUUGAGAACUGUGGGACGAGCAUCCCCACCCCAGAGACCGAUGGCUCGGGAGAGAACACCUUGUAGCCGAGGGUCUAGAAGGGACUACCACGACGGAGAAUCGUGAGACGGUCACCCGUCAUUCCGAGACCGAGGGCCUAGAGGAGAUCGUCACGGUCGAGGGCCGUCUGACACCAUCAUACCAUGACCGGCCUCUCGGCGCGGCAUGUUCAUGUUUGAAGACCGGCCUCGUCCCCGCGAUGCGCGGAUGAGGACCGUUGCUUGAUGCUCAGAACGGCUUCAUAUUGUCGACAUCAUUAUAUCACGACCGGCCUCUCGGCCCAGUGUGAUUAUCAUAUGUGAAGACCGGCCUCGUUCCCGCACUGCGCGGACGAGGACCGUUGCUAAAUUCUUUCAGGUCGGCCUCUCAUUGCCGACGUCAUUAUAUCAUGACCGGCCUCCUGGCUCGGCGUGUUUUCCACAUUUGAAGACCAGCCUCGUCCCCGCCCUCGCGGACAAGGACCGUUGCUUGAUUUUCUCAGAUCGGCCGCUCAUUGCCGACACCAUUAUGCCACGACCGGCCUCUCGGCUCGGCGUGCUUAUCUUUUGAAGACCGGCCUCGUCCCCGCCCUCGCGGACGAGGACCAUUGCUUGAUUUUCUCAGAUCGGCCGCUCAUUGCCGACACCAUUAUGCCACGACCGGCCUCUCGGCUCGGCGUGCUUGUCUUUUGAAGACCGGCCUCGUCCCCGCCCUCGCGGACAAGGACCAUUGCUUGAUUUUCUCAGAUCGGCCGCUCAUUGCCGACACCAUUAUGCCACGACCGGCCUCUCGUCUCGGCGUGCUUAUCUUUUGAGGACCGGCCUCGUCCCCGCCACCUUGCGGACGAGGACCGUUGUUUGAUUCUUUCAGGUCGGCCUCUCGCUGCCGACACUAUCAGGUUAUGUUCGGCCUCUCGGCACGACAUAUUUAUCUUUCGAAGACCGGUUUCAUCCCCGCGCUGCGUUGGAUGAGAGCCGUUGCUCGGAUAUAUCGGCCUGACCGGACACUAUUGCCAUUUCCAUUAUCAGGACCGACUGCUCAGCGUCAUUAUGAUCAUUGUAUAUCGGCUCCCAAUGCCGACCUUCUUGAGUUAGCGAUCAGGCUCACCCCUCCCUUCAGGAGGGUGAUCAUCGCCUUCGCACGACGACCAGCAUUUCCAUCGCCUCGUCAUUAUAUUCGUUCGCUAUGCCACCACCAUUAUGUGUGACAUUCCGUGAUCCCUGCGAGUUUCUUGGAUACCGAAUGUCUUCUUCGAUGUAGGAAGAUCGGUAGGACCAUAGACCAGGGACGGGCAAAGAAGAGCUAGGGAAUCUCGAUGUAGAUAAACCUGUUCCUCCUUGCGAGUUUCGCGGAUACCGAACGUCUCUUCGAAGCAAGAGCGCCGGUAGGACCAAGAACCAAGGACGAACAAAGAAUAUAGAUUGCCUCCCUCAAACAAAAAAAAAAAACAAAAAUAAAAAAAAAAAAAGAAAAAAAAAAGAUUGGGAGAAGAGGAGGGUAGCUCCUAUGUGGAAGGGAAUCUUGCCCGGGCGUGCCAGAUCUUCUCCCACCGCCGAAGACGAACGCCUCUCGAUGUAGAGGUUAGUAGAGACGCGGAGGGGGCUAGACGAACCAAGGGAGCUUUGCCAAGAUAAACCUGUUUAUCCCACAAUGACCAUGGAUCGAUGGACGUGGGAUAACAAAGUCGGGAACCCGUGAGGGUAAACCAGUUCGUCCCUGCGAGUUCCUUGGGUACCGAACGUCUUCUUCGAAGCAAGAGACGCCGGUAAGACUAAAAGGACCACGGACGAACAAAAAAAAGGGGGAAUCUCGAUGUAGAUAAACCUGUUCCUCCUUGCGAGUUUCGAGGAUACCAGACGUCUCUUCGAAGUAAGGACGCUGAUAGGACCAAGAACCAAGGACGAACGAAGACUAAAAGACUCCCAAAAAAAAGAGAGAGAGAGAGAGAGAGAGAGAGAGAGAGAGAGAGAGAGAGAGAGAGAGAGAUGCCAGAAGAGCACGGAGCAAAGAAUGAUCUUAUCCCUCGGCGCUAUUGGCCGGGAAGUACAAACUGAAAAACAUAUGUAAAGAAUAAUUACAAAACUUAAGUACGAAGAAUGAAGUGGCCGACGACGAUCGGCUAACAUCAGGCUUUCUUUUGCCUUGGACGACGAAUACCAGCUCCCCAGAUCAGACAGAGGGACGACGCACAGGUCCACCCUUCCUCCCAGGAUGAAGUCCUGACAGACGAUCGGCUUCUCAGCGCCAUCGUGUCUCUUUCACGUUCGGAUCGCCCCAUUCCCUCCAGGAUGGCGACGAACGUCUUAGGCAGUGCGAUCGGCCCCUCAGCGCCAUCGCACUUGGCUUCACGGUUCGGCCCGCCCAUUCCCUUCAGGAUGGCGACGACCGUCUUAUGCAGUACGAUCGGCCCCUCAGCGCCAUCGUACCCAGCUCACGUUCAGCUCGUCCAUCCCUUCCAGGAUGGCGACGAACGUCUUAUGCAUCACGAUCGGCCCCUCAGCGCCAUCGUGUCCCAUGGUUCGGCUCGCCCAUUCCCUCCAGGAUGGCGACGACCGUCUUAUGCAGCACGAUCGGCUUCUCAGCGCCAUCGUGUCUCUUUCACGUUCGGAUCGCCCCAUUCCCUCCAGGACGGCGACGAACGUCUUAUGCAGUGCGAUCGGCCCCUCAGCGCCAUCGCACUUGGCUUCACGGUUCGGCCCGCCCAUUCCCUCCAGGAUGGCGACGACCGUCUUAUGCAGCACGAUCGGCUUCUCGGUGCCAUCGUGUCUCUUUCACGUUCCGAUCGCCCAUUCCCUCCAGGAUGGCGACGACCGUCUUAUGCAGUACGAUCGGCCCCUCAGCGCCAUCGUACUUGGCUUCACGGUUCGGCUCGCCCAUUCCCUUCAGGAUGGCGACGAACGUCUUAUGCAGCACGAUCAGCGCCCCAGCGCCAUCGUGUCUGGCUCACGUUAGGGUCGCCCAUCCCUUUCAGGAUGGCGACGAACGUCUCUUAUGCAGCACGAUCAGCGCCCCAGCGCCAUCGUGUCUGGCUCACGUUAGGGUCGCCCAUCCCUUUCAAGAUGGCGACGAACGUCUCUUUAUGCAGCACGAUCAGCGCCCCAGCGCCAUCGUGUCUGGCUCACGUUAGGGUCGCUCAUCCCUUUCAGGAUGGCGGCGAAACGUCUCUUAUGCAGCACGAUCAGCGCCCCAGCGCCAUCGUGUCUGGUUCACGUUAGGGUCGCCCAUCCCUUCCAGGAUGGCGACGAACGUCUCUUUAUGCAGCACGAUCAGCGCCCCAGCGCCAUCGUGUCUGGUUCACGUUAGGGUCGCCCAUCCCUUCCAGGAUGGCGACGAACGUCUCUUUAUGCAGCACGAUCAGCGCCCCAGCGCCAUCGUGUCUGGCUCACGUUAGGGUCGCUCAUCCCUUUCAGGAUGGCGGCGAACGUCUCUUAUGCAGCACGAUCAGCGCCCCAGCGCCAUCGUGUCUGGUUCACGUUAGGGUCGCCCAUCCCUUCCAAGAUGGCGACGAACGUCUCUUUAUGCAGCACGAUCAGCGCUCCAGCGCCAUCGUGUCUGGUUCACGUUAGGGUCGCCCAUCCCUUCCAGGAUGGCGACGAACGUCUCUUUAUGCAGCACGAUCAGCGCUCAGCGCCAUCGUGUCUGGCUCACGUUAGGGUCGCCCAUCCCUUUUAGGAUGGCGACGAACGUCUUUUAUGCAGCACGUCUGCCCCUCGGCGCUGACAUGCCCGGUUUAUCGACGAGAGCCACCGCUUUCUAUCACAUCUCCCAUUCCUUCUCUCUUACAUUGCACCCAUACAUUACAUGCAUUCAUGCAUUCAUGCAUCAUACCUCAUACAUUCAUACAUACACUGAUACACACAUGCGUCAUGUUUUGACAGUACCGCGACGUCGGUUUAUAGAUGCAUGGACCUCUAAGCUUCUCCGUUGGAAAGCUCAAGUCAGAGUCCUUUACUCUUGCCUGAUGCAUUCAGGGGGAGCGUGCCCGUGGAGGAGCACCCUUCGCCCGACCCCGUCGGGAAGGGGGGUGUCUCACCGGCAGGUUACGUUCAGGAGUGUGGACAUCCACUCAUAUGUUAUGAUUAUUCGAAGACACAGGUUCCAGCUAGACAGAGGCAGAGCGCAGGCAAGGAUAUACUUUCUCGAGCAGAUUCGCGCACUCACUACUCAAGAAACUGGGGGACUUGUGUUGGGAUAUAUUAUCCCGGCCUAUUACUGUUCAGGAGCCCAAGACAUUAUCCAGUACGGAGCCCGAGCAGCUAGGCCCAUUUCGGCCCAUUAGGCCCGAUAUUGGCCCGUUUGGCCUAUUAGGGUGGAGAGCACCCUUUCCCCUUUGCCUAUAAAUAGGGAGCUUAGCCUCCAUAUUAGGGGGAUCCGCUUCCUUCUUCUUUCCUCUUCUAGAAUAGCUUACAAGACUCCAUUAAUGGGAGCUCAAAAUGUACUAUGUAAUGGUGAGGAGAGUCCUAAUGAGAAAGAGAUGGCUUGGACAUUAGCCUAAAAAGUCCCGUGGUUUUCUCCCUUUCGGGUUUCCACGUAAAAACUGAGUGUUCAUACAUAUAUUUACUAUAUCGUGUUGGAUUAAACUCAACAAGGAGUAUAAAUUAAAACUCAUGUAACAUAAAUAGGUAUAUAAUUCAGUUCGAUGAGAAAAUCAAUUUAAUAUGAAAUGCGAAUCAGGUAUGCCGGAAGAGCAUAAAACAUGACCAUAUACGAAUGUUAUAUUUUCCAAUACUGUAUGUAUAUAUAAAACAUUUUACGAAAGUGCCUUAAUACUCUAGGAUUUGGAAGCUAGUGAUUGGAUACCCACGUUUAAAGUUUUGGAGGCAGAACUUGGAUAAUUUUGUUUCCCCACGAAUUGAGUACGAGUUGGUUUUACUGACUACGACUCCCACGCUGAGUUUGGGUUGUUUCAGUUUCGGCUGGACCAUUCAUUCUCCCACGCUGAGUUUGGGUUGUUUCAAUUUCGGCUAGACGAUUCAUUUUCCCACGCUGAGUUUGAGUUGUCUCAGUUUCGGCUGGACGAUUCAUUCUCCCACGUUGAGUUUGGGUCGUUUUAGUUUCGGCUGGACGAUUCGUUCUCCCACGGUAUGCUAGCAUACAACCCCGAUCAGGCAGUGGCGGAGCCAAAGAUUUUUCGAAGAGGGGGCGUACUGAAAGCUAAGAAUUUUGUGUAUUUGCUCAACAUAUAAUAAAAACAAUAAAAGUGUAAUACAUUACCACAAAUUAGUUCAUUACAUACUGCUUGACUAAUAUCUUAAUCUUGGUAGAUCAAUCAUAUGAGUUUUAAUUUGUUCAAAAUGUUGUACAAUAAUUUUAUGUUGGAAAACACGACUCUCAUCCCUUUUCAGGAUCACGAGCUCAUAGACUCUUGUACACCUAUGUAUCCACACGCUCACAAUACAAAGAUCCAAUCUGACAAUAUCACUUUGUAUUACUCUCACUUACUUUUUGUAUAUGAGACUAUUUCACUCUACCUAACUUGAUCACAUACACUUCAUCAAACGAUAUCUUUGAGCCUUUUUCUCUCACAAGAAGGCGCUCAUUCUCCUCUUUCAAGGAGACCCUGACUUUCACUCACUCAAGGGCUCUGCUCAAAAUUCUCUACACAUUUAGAUUCUUCCAAAAAGUAUCCACAAGCUUCUCUUAUCUUUUGGAAGGAUUAAAAAAAAACCCACAAUUCCUCAAAAUGUUCUAGAGGCUUCUACACACUUUCACACGAUUUUAGUGAGUUUCACACUUCUCUAGAAAACUCCACAUUAUUAUUGUAGAACAUUCAAUGCUUCUCUACAUACAUAUAUAGAAUCCUGGACAUCUUUAAAAAUUCUAAAAUUGUCAUGAAUUUCUCCACUAAGGAGGAGAUCCAACAUAGUCUCGAGAAUGUUUUAAUCUUUUUGUUACAAGAAAUGUGACAACACAUUCAUCAAACUCAACACUUUCUUGCUCACUAUAACCACGAAAAGUCAACCCAUGUGUCAUUAAAUGUUUAAAACAAUCUACGCCUGCAUUCAAAUGAGUGUGGUAUGUUGCGGCCAAUACUUGUACUCCUAGAGACAUGUACGUUUCCUCAAAUACUUUAUGUUUUAUUUUAAUUGGUAUUUAUUUUUGAAAAAAGGAGGGGCAUUAAAUAUAUUAUAGGUAGUAGUACUAAAAAAAAUUGCCCGAAGCGGGGGCACUUGCCACCUCAUGCCCCUCCCCAGCUCCUCCACUGCGGUCAGAGUCCCACAAACCCCACUUAUAUGAUGAUCUUUGUAUCCCUAGCUAGAGUCUAGUCCUAAGAGUAAAGGCUAAAAUAAAUGAAUAAAGAUGAAGUACUCAUAAAGCUGGAUAAAAUGUUUAUGAAUUUGAACAAGAAUUAUGUGCGGUUAUUCCAUUAUUAGAUAUACGCUUUCAACCUAAUGAUUAUUUCUAUGUGAUAUAGUCAUAUUAAAAGUCAUGGACAUGUUAGAAAGGACACGAAUUAAAAAGAAGGUUUUGGUAAAGAUUAUAUGAAAUCUUUACACGUAUCUUUGAAUAUGACUUUUUGACAAAAUUCUCAUGAUUUAUGUUCUAAGUGAUAAAUUUAUAAUUAUAUUAUUGGAAAUAAUAGUAUUAAGUUAAACUGGACUUCUACGAUGUUAAUGUGUAAUAUGUUUUACUCAGUUGUUUUAGUUAUGUAAGUUGACUAUAAUGAUAUAUAUUAAUGUUUCUUUGUCACAUAUUUGAGAAGCCUUAAAAAAAAUACAAGUUUGUUAUUACAUGUUAUAUUAUAGUACCACUCAGCAAUUCAUUGCUGAGCGUGUAGUUUUUCUACACGUAGGUGAAUAUGAGGAGCAAGCUGGAGCCCCGGGACAAUGAGACAUCUGGACGAGAGUGCAUUUCACAUGUUUCUUUUAUUGUCAUGUUAUAAAUAAGUUGGUACAACCAACACCGUUUUAAAAUAAAUUAUGCUAAUGUAAUAAUCGGAGUUUUAUUUCAAGUUGUUAUGUAUUUGGUUAAUUGUCUUUUAUUUUCAGACUACCAUUGAACCAAAAUAAUAUCAAUCUUCUAGCCGAAACUGAAACAACCCAAACUCAGCGUGGGAGAAUGAAUCGUCCAGCCGAAACUGAAACAACC